CGAUUAAUAAGGACUUUUCCCAGCUCGAGACGGUGCCGCAGGGCGGCGCGCGCGGAAGCCACUUUGCUUCUGGGCGCUGCCAGUCCCACGUACGGGUCGGAGCGAGGGACAAAAUUCAAGCUUCAGGGGCUGUUCGGGCGAGGUGCCCCUCCCCAGGCGUUGAUUUUAUUCCGGCCCGGCUGGACUCCCCAUGCUGCGAUGGCUGAUGGGAGGCGGCCGGGAGCCGCAGGGACUCUCCGAGAAAUCGUCUGUGCAGAGCUUAGGUGAAGAACAAAUACAGAAUCCCUACACUGAACUCCUUGUACUGAAAGGUCAUCAUGAUAUAGUGAGAUUUCUAGUACAAAUAGAUGAUUGCAGAUUUGCAUCUGCAGGAGAUGAUGGAGUUGUAUUUCUGUGGAAUGCUCAGACUGGAGAAAAGUUAUUUGAGCUGCAUGGACACACACACAAAAUUACAGCCAUUGCAGCAUUUCCUUCAUCUGGUGCUUGUGAAGAAAAAAAUCAUUUGAUCUUAACGGCAUCUGCUGAUAGGACAGUUAUUGUUUGGGAUUGCAAUAGUGGCAGGGAAGUUCAGAAAGUGUCAUGCUUCCAUUCCACUGUAAAGUGUUUGACAGUUCUUCAAAGACUGGAUGUAUGGUUAUCUGGAGGGAGUGAUCUAUGUGUUUGGAACAGAAAAUUAGAUCUCUUGUGUAAGACCAGUCAUCUCACUGAUGCAGAUAUCAGUGCUUUGGUUGAAUUGCCUAAAAACUGUGUUGCAGCAGCAGUUGGCAAAGAGUUGAUAAUUUUUAGGUUGGUAGUUUCCACAGAGGGAUCUGAAGGUUGGGAUGUCCUUGAAGUAAAACGCCUGGCUGACCAUCAAGAUAAUAUCCUCUCAUUGGUCAGUGUCAAUGAUUUGACUUUUGUGACUGGCUCUCAUGUGGGUGAGCUGAUAGUCUGGGAUGCAUUGAAUUGGAUAAGUCAAGUAUGCGACUGCAACACAUGGGACCCGUCUUUCCACACAGUCACACAACAAGAAAUUAAAUUAUCACAAAACCAACAUGAAGUUUCAAUUCAGCAUUUAACAUCUGAUGCGGAGUGUGUGUUUGCUGCUGUUGGGAAGGGCAUAUAUGUUUAUAACCUUCAAAUGAAGCGUGUGAUUGCCUGCCAGAGAACUGCUCAUGACUCCAUUGUAUUGCACAUUGCAAGACUUCCAAACAGGCAGCUGGUAUCAUGCUCAGAAGAUGGCAGUGUUCGCAUUUGGGAACUACGUGAAAAGCAGCAGCUUCCAGCUGAGCCUGUUCCAACAGGUUUGUCUAUAGCUCCAGAGAGAAUUGGUUAUAUAAAAAUGGUGUUCAACAAAUACCCACCCACCUAUGGACCCCAAAGUUGACCGUACAAAACUAGAAGCUCCAGAGCAUAGCAUAAAAAAAAUGAAACUCUGACAUGCUUGCAGUAGGGGCAGCUUUCACGGAAAAUGUUGUUUUUCCUUUAUUCUCUCUCCCUCGGAAUUUAUAAGCAAAGAUACCAGCUGACUGAAAGUCUUGAUAUGCAUAGCCUCACCUAGAAAGUUCCUGCAUUGAGCUCUGGCCAGGUAGCCCCCUGUACACUGAGGAGCCCUGUUGAAGUCACUGGGGUUCCAUCUCGUUGCAGAGAUCCACCACACAGACUCCCCUUCGAGUUUUUGUGCUUCCUUAGGGUCUUUGCUGAAACUGAGUGAGUAUAUUUAAGCCCGUUUCUCUGUUCAUAGAAUAUUCACCAGCAGAUCACAGCUUCCUCAGAGAGUCAUGCUAACUUAUUUUUAAUU